AUGUCGCAUGACACGGGCUCUGUUCAUUGGCAUUCCAUAAUAAGCGAGUUUCUUCACCGUCGCCUUCGGGCACUCUCAACCUUUAUAAGCCACACCAAGCGCGACUUACUUGGAACCAUCAACAUUGUGAAGAAACGACACUUUCUACUUCAGCAGAAGUUUCUCGACAUGGCGCGCGAUACGUUUGUGCUUGCGAUCGUCCUCUUAGUGCAUUGGGAUUUGAUGUUGUUUAAUGUAUCAUUCGAUCUAUCUACAUUGAUCGCUGCUUUAGCAUUGGCUGGAGAAAGAAUUAGGAUAGUGUUUUGGUUCGAGGACAAGGAGGUUCAAAAGGACAUGAAACUUGUACCUUACAAGAUUGUGAACAAGGACGGCAAGCCAUACAUCCAAGUCAAGAUCAAGGAUGGUGAGACCAAGGUUUUCUCUCCUGAGGAGGUCAGUGCCAUGAUUCUGAUUAAGAUGAAGGAGACUGCUGAAGCCUACCUUGGAAAGAAAAUCAAGGACGCUGUUGUCACCGUUCCAGCUUACUUCAACGAUGCCCAGAGGCAAGCCACAAAGGAUGCUGGUGUUAUCGCUGGCCUCAAUGUUGCUAGAAUUAUCAACGAACCCACUGCUGCUGCUAUUGCCUACGGUCUUGACAAGAAGGGCGGUGAGAAGAACAUCCUUGUCUUUGACCUUGGUGGUGGUACGUUUGAUGUCAGUGUCUUGACCAUCGACAACGGAGUCUUUGAGGUUCUCUCUACAAAUGGUGACACCCACUUGGGAGGUGAGGACUUUGACCACAGGAUCAUGGAUUACUUCAUCAAGCUGAUCAAGAAGAAGCACCAAAAGGACAUCAGCAAGGACAAGAAGGCUCUGGGUAAGCUCAGAAGGGAAUGUGAGAGAGCCAAGAGAGCUCUUAGCAGCCAGCACCAAGUCCGUGUUGAGAUUGAGUCCCUCUUUGAUGGCACUGAUUUCUCUGAGCCACUCACCAGAGCCCGUUUCGAGGAGCUGAACAACGAUUUGUUCAGGAAGACAAUGGGACCCGUGAAGAAGGCCAUGGAUGAUGCUGGUCUACAGAAGAGCCAGAUCGAUGAGAUUGUACUCGUCGGUGGAAGCACUAGGAUCCCAAAGGUACAACAGCUCUUGAAGGACUUCUUUGAAGGGAAAGAGCCGAACAAGGGUGUGAACCCCGAUGAGGCCGUGGCCUACGGUGCUGCCGUUCAGGGAGGUAUAUUGAGCGGAGAAGGUGGUGAUGAAACCAAAGAUAUCCUUCUUCUUGACGUUGCGCCACUCACUUUGGGUAUCGAGACUGUCGGAGGAGUGAUGACGAAGCUGAUCCCUAGAAACACGGUUAUUCCGACCAAGAAGUCUCAGGUGUUUACGACAUACCAAGACCAGCAGACCACGGUCUCCAUUCAGGUCUUCGAAGGUGAACGAAGUCUCACCAAAGACUGUAGGCUGCUCGGUAACUUCGACCUCAGCGGAAUCCCACCAGCUCCAAGAGGGACCCCCCAAAUCGAAGUCACAUUCGAAGUGGACGCCAACGGUAUUCUCAACGUGAAGGCAGAGGACAAGGCGAGUGGUAAAACAGAGAAGAUCACGAUCACGAACGAGAAGGGACGUUUGAGCCAAGAAGAGAUUGAGAAGAUGGUCAAGGAGGCGGAAGAGUUUGCAGAGGAAGACAAGAAGGUGAAAGAGAGGAUCGAUGCCAGGAACAGCCUCGAGACGUACGUCUACAACAUGAAGAACCAAAUCAACGACAAGGACAAGCUUGCAGACAAACUGGAGGCUGAUGACAAGGAGAAGAUCGAAGCCGCGACCAAAGAGGCCCUCGAGUGGCUUGACGAAAACCAGAAUGCAGAGAAGACAGAGUACGAUGAGAAGCUCAAGGAGGUCGAGGCUGUCUGCAAUCCAAUCAUCACUGCCGUUUAUCAGAAGUCUGGUGGUGCACCGGGCGGUGAAUCAGCUGCGGCAGACGAUGAUGAUGAGAAUCAUGAUGAGCUCUAGACCAAAUUCAAUUAUUGUUAAUUUGUGUCGCCAAAAAAGAUUUUAGAGACUUAGACUUAAAAGUUUUGAGCUUUUCAUUUGAAAGGAGAAGCUGUCUUUUUUUUUUUUUAUUGUAUUUUUAUCAUGAAAUGUUCUAAAGAUUUUUAAAUAGGGAAAUAAUCUUUUUUUUCCAGCCUGAUAUGGUUUUAAUUCUUGUCUGACUUUAGAUUAGUAGAUUCACUUCUAAAUCCUGCGAGCAAUGGAACUAAUA